AUGAGGCAUUUUGUCACGAAGGCUAAGAAGCUCAAAGCUGUCAAAAAUGAGUGCCAAGCAGUUCAGCUAAGCGACACAGUCCACCACAUCGCGAAGUCAUAUGCCAAGGGCGCUAGUGCUCUGGAUUGUGUUGAAGAAGCAAAAGCUGCGGCCGCAAAAGAUGACUGCCCAGUCUUGCAGCAAAUCGCACGUGCCAAUGUGCAAAGUGCUGAUGAACCCUUGUUCCAAGCAUUGGCUAGUUGCGGCCUAGCUGUGAAAAUGCCUAUGGAGAAAUUGACUUUAGAUACUUCAGGGUUUACCUAUCCUUGUUUUCCUCCAAAAGAACAGUUGAAAGCUGUGGCCGCGAGUGGAAAUUUCCACAAGAUCCUGGGCGUGCCAAUUGCCUACAGUGAUUAUGUGCUACCCCAAUUCUGGGCCAAAUGCAAGACAUUGCAUCCGGAUCAUGAUUUUUUUUUGCCCCAUCAGACCCAACUGGAUUUCAAGCAUCUUCUACCUUUCUAUCUCCAUGGAGAUGGAGGCCGUACAUACCGCAAGGACUCCAUUUUAAUCUUGAGUAUGUUCAACGCAUUGGGGGCUGGAACAGCCAAAAGCCCAGCCGAGUUGCAGCCACAUGCACAUGCAAAGAGGCAACGGCAAGCAUCGGGCGACCAUGGCAUCAGCUACGAUCCCGGUGUCAACUUGCUCGGCAACACAUUGGGCAAUCGAUUUUUGUUUUGCGCUAUGAAAUCUGAACUUUACAAAAAGAAAGAGGGGAGAUUCACAUCUUUGCUGGAACAUUGGGUCCAGUACCUCCAAAACCUUUUGGAAGAAGGCUUUGAAUAUAAUGGUGAUGUUUGGAGAAUUGCCAUUCUGGGGUUGACUGGUGAUGCACCGUUUUUACGGGAAGCAGGAUUUCACAAUCGAUCUUUCUCGAGCGUUGCCAAAACAGUGAGGGGUGCCCACGCACGGGCUCUCAAAGGAUGCUGCUGGCUGUGCAGUGCGGGUAUGACCGGUGGCCCACCAUUUGAAGAUGUUCGCAUUACUCAGGCACAGUGGCUGCAACACACUGGUAGUAACAACCCUUUGCCAUGGACAAUUCCCUCCCCUCUAUUGGACUUGCCUACAAACGAUUCGGAUUUGGCUUCUUUUUAUCGCCCUGACAUUUUCCAUGUCUACCAUGCUGGCUGUGGGAAGGAUUUCACCGCUUCUGCCAUCAUCUACAUCAUGAAGCAUGUUUACAGAAGAAGGAACAUAAAUCAAAGUUUGGACGACAUCAACCAAGAGUUCAAAGCUUGGCUGAGCAACAACAAGACUGAACGAAUUCAUUUUGGAAGCUUUAGCCUGGAACUUCUAGGUUACUAUGGUAGUCGCAGCUUCCCAAAAGGUCAUUGGAGCAAGAAUAUGGACACUGCCACGAUUGGAAAAUUUGUCGGAGAUCUAUGCAUCAAAGGAUUGGUUGGUUUUCCGCGUGAUGAGUUUUUGUCUUUGAUUCUGGACGCAUGUUCAACGAUUGCGCACUUCAUGCACAUUCUCUUCCAUUCAAGUUACUGGCUUACGGAAUCUGAAGGGUGGCAGCUGAUACAGUCUGGGUGCGGGUUUUUGAAAGCAUACGUGAAAUUGGCUGAAAAAGCGCAUGGAAAAGGGCUUUGCUUGUGGUCAAUGAAGCCAGUUAUCCACCUACUCGCACACAUAGUGCAUACCACGUUGCAACAAUACAGGGCUGACACAACUUGCGUGAUUAAUCCAGUCGCUGAAAGCACCUUUAUGUGUGAAGACUUUGUGGGCCGUGUGAGCCGCUUAUCGAGAAGAGUCAAUGCCAAACAACAUGGCCGGAAAAUCAUGUAUAGGUACAUGGUGGCUGCAUAUGUUACGGAAUAGAAAAGAUCCAGGAGUUUCCGCGCAGGAAAAAGAA